AGACACUCACAAUGACAAUGGUGUCUACAAAUCAAGUCUCCUCCACACGCAAAAUGGAAUACAUCAAAUCAAGAUUCGUCAGUCUCCGUGACAACUUGAUGCUGAUUCUCGAUUUUCUCAGCGAAAUCGGUGGUCCAUCUGAGGAGCAGAUCGACAACUAUAAUAUCAUGAAGAUUAAGACCAACUUUUUCAUCGACGAAAUUGACUUUCAUCUCCGUGGAGAUGUCACCUCCGAGCAACUAAUGGAGUACCUUGGCGUAUACGCAAUCUUCUACCACCGCAGCCGUACGGAGCUAAUGAAGUUGCUCCACGAGAUGUGCCCAAACCGUCAUUUGAACUGGUGAACAAGACCGACUCAUUCCUUCGAGAGACACGUUUUGUGACAUGUUUCAAGAUCUCUGAUUCUCAUACGUCGACGUAAUAAAUCAUUCGUUUUUUUAUUUCUCAUAUACUAGUCUGAUUCAUGAAAGAAAUUUCUAACU